AGGUCUUUCGUCUUUGGCUUCUUACAAAGGUUUAAACGAAUACGACUAUUUUUAUUCUAAAAAGCUCGUUCUCCCAACAAGACAUUCUUUCACGACUACCCCUUCUACCGUCGGAAACUUGAACUUCGUUUCAGGAAAUAUUAAGCUUUUGUGCUGGUGACCCUGACCACGCUUCUAGUGCACAUCAGGAUGACGCAAUCUAUUUCUCUCUGUCGCAGCACCUCCACGACAUCAUGGGCAGCGGCAGCUGUACUGCUCGGAACAAAUCCUUCGGUCUCCGUGGGGACGAAGAUGACCCAUGCUGCGGCCGGGAAAAAUGAUCGGAAGUUGGUAGAUACGAAGAAGAGCAGCACGACGAAUUUUUAUCAACAGACCCAGCGCAAGAAAACUAUGACCCCCAAGAACGGCGCAGCACUUCAAAAGGGGGGCUCGUCUUUUCUACACAAAAUGGGAAUGAAGAUGAACAAGCCCCCUACUUCCAGCACAACGAGUGCGGUAGAUGAAAGUGACACGACGACGCCGCUGCGAGCUGGACCAUCUACCGCAAAUUUCUUGCAGAAGGAACAAAAAGAAGCCUGCCCUGGUACAACUCCAUGGGUUGCAACCGAUGCUCCACCGACUGAAGAUUCGACACUUGCUCCUUCGUCAAACGGAAGUACUGGUCCGGGUACUACUACUAAUACCCAGCUCACCACGUCCGGAAGUCAAGUUUUUACGACGCUUUUCGAUUGUGGGCCGGAGAAUUUCGUGUCCCCCGAGUGCUUUGAGCACUACAAUAAAGAAGGCGAUCCGACAAACGGGCCGGUCAACUACAAGCUGACUGAAGACAUGAAGAAAAAGUUGGUUCAGGUGAUCGACGACCCAGUUGCCACUUCCGCGAACAAAAAAAUCCUCCGCACCCUGGUUGACGACGAGUGGCAGGGAAAGUCAGUCCGCCAAUCUGUCCGUCUCACCACGGUGAAACCGCUGCCGAAAAAGUCGAUUGCGUUUGUCGACGUGCUGGCCAUGCCGGCGGGGCUGGGCACCUGGCCGGCCCUGUGGACGAACCACGGCGAGAACCAUCCGGGCACCAUAUUACAAUGAAAAAUGCCCCCCCCCGCCCCAGAACUUGGGAGCAUUUGUAUUGCAAACCUUUUCAAGGGAAACACUCGCCGUGUUGCAUGUAUCAGCAUCACAGAUUUUCAGUCGUGAAGAGCAAAAAUCUGUAUUGCAAAAGAUCCCAGCAAGGGGGGCGCAUGUCAUGCAAGCGAUGCUGUACUAUACGACUAGACCCUGCACCAGAAAGAUUCAUAGUUAGUCCUUUCAGGCAAGACAAACAGUUUUCAUUUGGAAACUUCGCAUCAGAAAUUAUUUCAAUUUUCGGGGUGGGGGCAUUUUUCACCGUAAUACACCACCUGGCCCGCCGGGAUGGAGAUCGACAUCAUGGAACACGUCAAUUUGGAUAUCAAAAUGGAAAAUCCCCCCUGCUCCCCAUAUUGAAAACCUAUGUUUCCGAAAAUUUGUGUUGCUGAUUUGAGGUCACAAAUCAAAUGCGUCUUGCAAGACGACAAGGGCAGAAGCUUCCGCCUUAUUAGGGAAGCGAUUUGUCAUGCUGGUGGGCUUAAAGGGGAGCCGUUUGCCAUGCUGAGCAACUAGACCCAUACGCCCCUACCUACCCUGGGGCUCUGGGCGGAAUGCCUUCCUGCAAUACAAAGCUGAUUAUUUGUGUACACAAAUCCAGCGUCAGAAAUUUCGUUUUGAUAUGGGGAGGGGGGAUUUUUCCUUGCAAUAUUGGAACAGGAGGGCCUGUCCACCCUGCACGCCAGUCCGUGCAAGGACCGCAACGACGGCAAGCUAAACGCGGAGGGCGUGCGUACAAGGCCUUGCACGACGUCCCCGGAGUGCAAGCUUCCGUGGGCGGGGAAGCAGAACCCGCUGCCGGACAAGUACACACCUUGGACCCGCCCCGGCGGAAAAUCUUUUUCGCGCAACACCAAUGACUGCAACUACGGCGGGCGGUGGGGAACGGUCGAGGAGAAAAAUUGCCCGAACGCGGGGUGCGCCACGGGGACCGCCGGCAUUCCGAUGGGGGAGGAGUUCAACAAGCAAAACGGGUAUCAACUGUAAAAAUGUCUGGGUCUCGAAGAUUGCCAGGUUUGUCAUGCACAUUUUGCAUGACUCCUGAUGUCUGUGAUGCAUGCCCUAGCAUCACAGAUUUGGUGAGGGCUUCCUGAUGCCUAUACUGCAUGACAAAUGGUCUUUCCGUGUAGCAAAACUUGGACUCUCUUUGCUGCUCAUGCAAUACAGAUUUUUUUACCUAGAAUCCAAAAUCAGCAUGACAAGUUGCAUUCUUUCAGACCCAGACACUUUUACACUUGAUAACGGGGGCGUCUACGCCAUGUACUUCGACGACGACAUUGCGGCGAUGUGGUUUUGGAGUCGGGUAUGAGAGUGCACAACUCCACCCCCUCCCCUUCAUUUGUAUUGCAUGAACAGCAAUAUAAGCGUCAGCAAGCUGCAUACAGGUUUUCCAUGACAAAUUUGGACAGGAGUGCAGUGCUAUUUGGACUGCCAGAACUUGUCAUGCAAACAGUGCCAAGAGGCAAGGCGUAAGGUAGGGCUUUUGCAUGACAAAUGAGAGGGAGGGGGAGUUGUGCACUCUCAUACCGGGAGGAAAUCGACAGCAGGUUCAACGGGCAGAUCACUGCGGAACUGGUAGAGUUCGUGUUGCAAAACGAGAAACCCUACAUCAUCUUCCCGAUCAACAAGUGCGACGUCGACGUGCAGUACUACAUCAUCAACACGACCUUGUGCGGGGAGUUUGCGGGCGACAAUUUUGUCGGGGGCCCGGGUGGGAAACCGCUGCACCCCGAUGACAAGGACGAUGGGGAGUUCGUGAUUGACAAACAUCAAGACGCGAAGGCCGUGCGGCUGGCCAACCGUGGAGCGUGUAAUGACUACGUGUUGAACAAUCCAGAGUCGAACAAAGAGUGGAAGCAGCGGAACGGGGGAAUCAUGCCGCACUUUGACAUCCGCUCGUUCACUUAUCGCAAGAAAAAACUGUUUCACUGUGAACUUGUGAUGCAGAAAAUGGAACACAAAACUAUUUGUCUUGCUGCACCCGCAAGACACUGGAUUUGUAAGCGUGUGUUCCCUUUGGAAGCCCGCAUGACAAAUUUUCAGUGUCAUGUGUAGCAAACUUGUGAUGCAGAUCUUGCAAAAUCAUCACAGUGAAACAGUUUUUUUCAUGGGAUAUCACUGCGUAUGAUGUCACUGCCGCGAGCGUCACGCUGGAGAGCUUGCAAUGAAGUGUGAAGAAGUAGCAGUAGAAGACAUCAACAUCAAAGUCGUGAUCGAAGUGUUUGCUUCGAGUGACGAGAAUUAUAUCGUGCAAUCAUGUAGUUGUAGCUUUCUCUUUCUCAUCUCGCAGCUAGUCUUGAAAUAAAUCAGUCCCGAAACCGACCGGCAUCGUGUGCGCUAGCGGUCGAUUAAGAAUUGUCUUUACUUGUUUUCGUGAAAAUACGAUUUUUAUAUGUUUUUCACGUCUUUUAUCCCAAGAAAAGAAGCAGAUCAAAAUCAUUCCGAAUUCCGAUCCGACGUUGUCUUUGAGGUGUAAGUAAAUCACUUUUUCAUUAUUUCCAUUACAUUAUUUAAUUUUAUAGCUGUUUCGGUCGACUUUUUGCAUUGCCUUUCACAACAAGUUUGAAGCACCCACUUGCCUUUCACAUACAGCACCCACUUGCCUUUCAUAACAAGUUUGAAGCACCCACUUGCCUUUCACAACAAGUUUGAAGCACCCACUUGCCUUUCACGAUUGACUUGUGACAGUGAACUCACUGUGGACAGAGGCGCAUAACCUGCGCGCGUCGACGCCCCCUAGCGAUCGACUGACUCUAUAAGAAAUCGGUUUCAAUAAUUUUACUCGUAGGCUGAAGCUGUAGAAACUCUCCCACGUACUAGGCAGCCACGACAACACGAUGGUUGGAUUUGAAGCAC